AUUGGAGAGCUUUAACAUUAUUGGCGAGAGCUCGCCCAGGCUUGGACGAUCUCUGCCGGUGUCUGCCGGAGCCGGUGCCACUGGGCACGGUGGCACCGGCGGAAUGACGGUCACUAAUCCGUUUGUUUUCGUCGUGCAGCUCUCCAUAGGUCUUUUCGUAUCCCUGGAUGGCAUACGCAUGCUACCGGCGGCAUCGUCCAGGGAAGCAAACGACACAAGCUUCGUCACGUUUCACGGGGCGAAGAUAACGUGUUCAGCACCUUGGAACUGUUUGCCCCCGUCCGCGACUAGGCCCACGUGUGACGAACUACGUCACCAGCAGCCAGCGCCGCUUCGCAGUGCGCCUAUAAGUAGCCUGCCUCCUCGCAUCGCGUCUACUGGGCACGGCGGCACCGGCGGAAUGACGGUCGCUAAUCCGUUUGCAUUCAUCGUGCAGUUCUUCGAUACGACGGAAGCAAUAUGGACUGUGUAUACAACCGGACCCACCGAUCGUCGAUGUGAAGUUGACUUAGUUCAAGACGUGACGAAAGCUUCAGUUUAUUUCAAGCGGCAGUUUUUUCUUGGAGAGGAAAAGAUCUCUAGAAGAAUUCUAGGAACCUUUAAUCCGAAUCGAAAGAAGCACAUGGAAAUCCAUAUUCCAGGUAGCAAUAACACAGCGGCGGAGGAUAUUCUCUACAUGAGUGAGAACAAAGGCUGUGCGGUGAUUAUGACUACGGCGAAUGCUGAAGGAAGGAAACACCACGCGCAUGACGUCCGAGUACGGAAUUCGUCCGUAUCACGCAGCCCUGGCCAUGAUUGCCUUGCCAUAUUCAGGCAGCAUGAGAAGUGGGAACAAGUCAUCUACACCAGACGUUGCCAGCAGAUACUUGACAAAAAGUCGAAAUCUCCUGUGACGAAUAAAACAUAAGAAACGACGACA